UGGCGCCUUCCUUCUCUUCCGUUGCGAUCUUCCAAGAUUCCACAGGUGGCCGCGCGUUCUGGUUUGGGAGGGCGGCGGUGGGAAGGGCACGUUCGUCAGUUUUGCACCUCUCGCUCACUUCCCGGCCAUAUGUCAUGAUAUUUACAAUUGCCCAGGACCUUAUGUAAUUACAGGGUAUGCGGCCUGGCAAAGAUAAAUAAUGGACCUCAUAUCAGGAAUUUUACAUAUAUAGCAGGUCCAAUCUUAUAUUUAUGGUGUAAUGAAUAUACCAUUGCACCAAACCUCUGUAAUUCCAGCUCGAGAUGUUACUUUUUCCAGAGUUUCUAAGAAGAAAGCCAAGAGGAAAGAACAGCCUGCUAAUUCAACCUCUUUUCCUGCUCUUUGUGGCUUUUCUCAGGCAUCUGCCACACCAACCAAUCAGGACAUUUGCAGUUCCAGUGCAGUGUGUUCUGAAUGUUGUCAUCCCAGUCCAGUACAAUCUGCUGUUAUCUUGAAAAAUCUUGUCUGCCAGAAUGCUCUGACUCCAGGGGCCACUGUGACAGUAACCUGUCAGAAUACGGUGCAGGCUUCCAAGGCAAACUCCCAUAGGCAUGAACGUGUUUAUGCUCUCCAGUCUAAGAGUGAAAAAUCCAGCCAUGCUCUGAAAUUCUCCAGGUCUCUCAGUGAUAUGGAUCAGAAGGCUCAGAAUACAAUUGACAGAUUUAGCUGCGUGGAACGAACAUGUUCAGAAGGCAGACUUACCCAAAUGCAAAAGCAAUGUUUAAGACUUAACAUAAGUCAUAAGGAGAAGAAACCAUUCAGCUUCAGGCCCUUCACUGUUAACAAUUGCAGACUUUCAUAUUUCUGGUCACUCUCGACCAAUUACUCAAGCACUUCUCUGGCUACUGAUACUCAUAGUGCUAUACGUAUUCCUCUCCUGGAAGACAAGUAUGGCAAUGAAAUCUCCCAGAGUAAAGAUUUGUUGCAGUGCCUUUUCUCUUUUUCUCAUAUUUCCAAAUCAAGCAGUCAUGAACUGGAUAACAAGUCAAGCUGUCUCCGGUCAGAGAAAUCAUCCAGUGGUAUGGUAGAGAGCACAGGUUUCUGUUCAGAUGAUAUGGGAGAUAAUGAUGUCUUUGAGGACAAUUCUGUGAGGGUGAAAAUUACAGCAUUGCGGGCACCACUCUGCUCAGCUGAAAAGGAUAAUGAUCUAGACUGCCCUUCCCAAUUGUCAGAAAAUUUCCCUCCACUUUCCCCUGUGUCUGUGUCUGGAGAUGUCUGCAGGAUAUGCCAUUGUGAAGGAGAUGAUGAGAGCCCAUUAAUUACUCCCUGUCAUUGCACAGGAAGCCUUAAUUUUGUCCAUCAAGCUUGUCUGCAACAGUGGAUCAAGAGCUCAGACACCCGUUGCUGUGAACUCUGCAAAUAUGAAUUCAUCAUGGAGACCAAAUUGAAACCUUUAAGAAAAUGGGAGAAACUGCAGAUGACAGGCAGUGAGCAAAGAAAGAUCAUGUGCUCUGUAACUUUCCAUAUCAUUGCUAUUACUUGUGUGGUGUGGUCACUCUAUGUCCUCAUAGACCGGACUGCUGAAGAAAUUAAACAUGGGGAAUCCACGGGUAUUUUAGAAUGGCCAUUUUGGACUAAGCUGGUAGUAGUAGCUAUUGGUUUCACCGGUGGAAUUCUUUUCAUGUAUGUUCAAUGCAAAGUUUAUGUACAGCUGUGGAAAAGACUUAAAGCUUAUAAUCGUGUGAUAUAUGUACAGAACUGCCCAGAUACAAGCAAAAGGAGCAGAUUAGAAAAACCAAAUGCUGAAUGCUCAAGUAUCCUUAGAAGCCAUCAUACAGAGACUACCAGUUCAAAUUGCACAGAAACUGAAAAUGUGAAUGCUAAUAUUCUUCAUAUUUGACAUGCUUUUUCUUGAAGAUUUGGAUCAGCAUUAUUUACUAUUUCCAGAUAUUUAAGACCAAGUUUGUAGAAAUAUUCUUCUUUACCAAAGCAUCAAUCAGAAGAUAAAUCAGAGAAAGUCUGCUUGAAUGAUAUAUAAAUGAAAUUGAACAUUAUUUUGUCUCCAUUUUAAAACAAUUCCGUUUUGGUGUCUUUUUUCUAUCAUUCUCAAAUAUGUCUUGGUUACAUUAAGAAUUAAAGUGUCUUUUCUCUAUUAUAUGAAACUAUUAAAUGAGAUACAAAGGAGGAAACACAUGCUUUUACAUAAACAUACUAUUAUACAUACCUCUCUAGUGUACAAGGCCCCAUUUACAUCUCUUCAUAUUGUAAAUAAUAUGUAGUUCUAGUAUUGCUGUAAAGAAUUUGCUUAAACUGUAUCUGUGAACUGUAUCACACUCAGGGUAGGGUAUGUCAAAGCAUGAAGCACUUUUAAUUGUUCUUAAAUUAUAACAAAAUUGAAACAAUCUUAGUUCAGUGUGUUCCUUUCCUGAAAUCACAUUAAUAUAUAGGCCUGACCAUUUGCCUUAAAACGAGGUUUGUACUAAAAAGCUCCUCAAAUGUUCUUAACUCUAACAAUAAAUAUUUUCUUGACAUUUUGUUUGUUUUCCCUUUUUA